GCACUCCAGUUGGCAACAAGAGCAAAACUCCGUCUCAAAAAAAAAGCAAGCAAGCACUGAGCAUGGACCUUGGCACACAGCAAGAGUUCAUACACCCUUUUCUUUCCCAUCCUCUUUGGAAUUCAAUGAACCUGGGCCCUCAUCCUGGCUCAGGAACCCCGGAUGUAUCACCUUCCCCAGCCUCAGUUUGCCCAUCUGGAAAAUGGGGUCACCAAGGGGGGUGUGAGGCUGAACUCAAGCCCUUCGCAGGUGCAGCACAGAGAAUGUGGACAAGCUUGCGACCAGUGUCCUCGGGGUUCAGGGCGUCUUCACCUUGGCAGGGGUGUCAGAGUCCUCUUGUGCCCUGGCAGGUCAGUGGGCAGGCUACCCCUUGAAUUGUGACACCCACUCCUCUCACCUGUGACGUCAUCCCCAGAGCAGCCAGUAGGAACCCUGAGGGGUCUGUGAGGUCACUCAUUCCAUUCACAGACUUGAAUGAGAUAGAGGAGCAGCCACCACUCCCCUCUAUCCCCAGGACCUAGAGGGACGCAGGGCGUUGGGAACAGAGGACAGUCCAGGCGCUGACCCUGGGAGGCCAGGACCAAGACCCAAGUUGCGUGGGCAGGAGGCGGUUCCGGGAGGUCCGGGAAGCCAGCAGCCUGGCUGGGGCAGUGUCAGCGUCACCAGACCACCAUGGUCCUGGGCUGGCUGCUGCUUCUGGUGAUGGCUCUGACCCCAGGCACGACGGGUGUCAAGGACUGCAUCUUCUGUGAGCUCACCGACUCCACGCAGUGUCCCGGCACCCCCAUGCGCUGUGGCGAUGACGAGGACUGCUUCACGGGCCGCGGGGUUGCCCCAGACACCGGUCCCAUCAUCAACAAAGGCUGCGUGCAAGCCACCAGCUGCGGCCGUGAGGAACCCGUCAGCUACAAGGGCGUCACCUACAGCCUCACCACCACCUGCUGCGCUGGCCACCUGUGCAACAGAGCCCCAGGCCCCGCCAGCAGCCAGACGGCAGGGGCCACCACCAGCCUGGCACUGGGGCUGGGCAUGCUGCUUCCUCCACGUUUGCUGUGACCAACAGGGAGGACAGGGCCUGGGGCUGGUCUCCCAGAUCCGCAACCCUCCAUGUCCCUGUCUCCUUCGCCCACGAAAUGGCCAAAGAGGCCAUCCCUUCCAAGGCUGUCCACCAUGAGCCCGGUGCUCGGAGAAGCCCCCAGGCCUGAUUGAGCGGCAGGGGAGCGUGGCCGGUGGGUCUGACGGUGCUACUCUGUUUCACUGGCUCUAAGAGGCAGAGCUUCUCACAUUUCAAUCAGGAUGCUUCUUUCCAUUGAUGGCACCUUAGAGUCCAUGAAAUAUGGUAAAAGAUAUAUAUAUAUCAUAAUAAACGACAGCUGAUGUUUAUGGA